GCUCCGGAGACCAGCAUCCUAAUUGGCGAGCUGUGUGGGCUUGGAUGUUGGCCCACUUAGGCAGGUGCUGACAUCGCCCGCAAAUAAUCCACAGCCAGAUUACCUGUGAUCAGGCUUGUGGCCACAAACCCAGUUUUUUCUCCGGCGUCUAGAGAAAUUCUCUGGGCCAGGUCUGGAUUCUCAGCUACGAGCUAGCGGAGCCACGCCUCCACGCGCCUCUGACGGGUCCCUCUCUUCCUUCCCUCCUUGGGGAAAAGCGCAGGCGCUUCACGCUUUAUCAGUAACUUCCUUUCUACCCUCCCGGGCUCAGCGCCCAGCAGCCAGCAGGGUGUGUAGGUGGGCGGGCGGGUCAAAGCCUAGAUUCUGCUGCGGCUCUUGGGGACGGCAGCUUUGUUCGCGCCCACAUGGCGCGCAGGGCUGAGCCCCCCGACGGAGGCUGGGGAUGGAUGGUGGUGCUCUCAGCGUUCUUCCAGUCGGCGCUGGUGUUUGGGGUGCUCCGCUCCUUCGGUGUCUUCUUCGUGGAGUUUGUGGCGGCGUUUGAAGAACAGGCAGCCCGAGUCUCCUGGAUCGCCUCCAUAGGGAUCGCGGUGCAGCAGUUUGGGAGCCCAAUAGGCAGUGCCCUGAGCACGAAGUUGGGGCCCAGGCCAGUGGUGAUGACUGGGGGCAUCUUGGCUGCGCUGGGGAUGCUGCUUGCGUCAUUUGCUACCUCCUUGACCCACCUAUACCUGAGUAUUGGGCUGCUCUCAGGCUCUGGCUGGGCCUUGACCUUCACUCCGACCCUGGCCUGCCUGUCCCGUUACUUCUCUCAACGUCGAUCUCUGGCCAUGGGGCUGGCGCUGACAGGAGUGGGCCUCUCCUCUUUUGCCUUUGCCCCCCUCUUCCAGUGGCUGCUCAGCUACUACGCCUGGAGGGGAGCCCUCUUGCUAGUGUCUGCCCUCUCCCUACACCUAGUGGCCUGUGGUGCUCUCCUCCGCCCACUCUCCCUGGCUGAGGACACUGCUGUGGGUGGCCCUGGGGCCCAGCUUAUCUCCCUCCUCCAUCAUGGUCCCUUCCUCCGUUACACUGUUGCCCUCACUCUGAUCAACACUGGUUACUUCAUUCCAUAUGUCCACCUGGUGGCCCACCUGCAGGACCUAGGUUGGGACCCACUGCCUGCUGCCUUCCUACUCUCAGUAGCUGCUAUUUCUGACCUCGUGGGGCGUGUGGCAUCUGGUUGGCUGGGAGAUACAGUCCCAGGGCCCGUGGCACGACUGCUGAUGCUUUGGACCACUUUGACUGGGGUGUCACUAGCCCUGUACCCUGUGGCUCAGGCUUCCACAGCCCUGGUGGUUCUGACUGUGGCCUAUGGCUUCACAUCAGGAGCCCUGACCCCAGUGGCUUUCUCCGUACUACCUGAACUGGUGGGGACUGGAAGGAUUUACUGUGGUCUGGGACUGGUGCAGAUGGUAGAGAGCAUCGGGGGGCUGCUGGGGGCUCCUCUUUCAGGCUACCUCCGGGAUGUGACAGGCAACUACACAGCUUCUUUUGUGGUGGCUGGGGCCUUCCUUCUUACAGGAAGUGGAGUUCUCACCACUCUGCCCCAUUUCUUCUCCUGCUUCUCAGCUUCUACCUCCAGACCCCAGGAUCUUGUAAUAGAGGCACUGGAUACCAAAGUCCCCCUGCCCAGAGAGGAGGGGCUGGGAGAGGACUGAACUCUACUCAGGAAGUAGGUGCGGAAAGCCAGAGGUUGUCAGCACCAGGUCUUCUGCAUCACGGAGGCAUCCACAGAAGCACAGUGCCUUAAGAUUCUUGAUCUGCUUCCUCCAGAGCAGACCUGGGGCUCCUGUGAUUUUUGUGUCAACCCUUUGUAUUUUGUCGAGGACUCUUGUUUCAUCUCCUUUGCUCUCCCAACCUUUUCUGAAGGAUCCAGGAGAUCUUCACUGAGCUGUGAAUCAAAUCUGAAAAUCAAAGGCCAAGAGACUUCUCAUGUUUUACAUGUGA